CGGCACAUGCCAACUCGGACCGUCGCCCCUCCAGAUCCCGUUCAACCACAGCUCUAACGCUCGCCACUGGGAAUUGCACCCUGCCGCAUCGCAUCGCAUCUCGCUCCCGCAGCAUCGAGCCCCUCCGCCGACAAGCAAGACGAGACCCUCGCCGGCCCAACUCUGUCAAAGCUUAGUCCUGGCCGGGAGCUCUCGGUCAGCUUUACCUUACCGCAAUCCGCUGCCCUCCCUCCGGACACGACGCAGUCAUGUCGCAUUGCCGCUGAAGAUAGUUGUCGAGAUAAAACGACUCUUGCUGCUGCAGCAUGCGUCCGCCUAGCUGCCAUGGCAGACCACGAUGCUGCGCAUGCUCCGACGAAUGGCCGCAGGCUGUUGACGCCCGAGAGUCGCUCAAGGGCCAGCUACGAGACGGGCGAAUCGAGCGCAACAGGCGGUCUGCGUGAUGCGACUCCUUCGUCGUCGGACCGCCGUCUGCUCGAGGUUCCCCGCAGUGUCGAGCUACCCCGAAGCUCGAGCCCCGACUACGAUCGCCACAACGCCGGCGCCGCGCCCGCGACUCGAGGGGCCGGCCUUCGAAGGAAGAUUCGGCCUCGGUCCGGUGGCGGGUUCCUGCUGCAGGACAAAGCCGCCGCACACCGAGACCUGAGCCAUCGACACCCUGUCCGCGAAGCCAGCCAUCACAAGGCGAGGGCGUCGCCCGCGCCGCGCACGCCCGAGUCCUCGCGAGCCAGAGCCGGCCGAGAACACACUCCCGGAGAGCCUUCUGACGCUGGAUCAGGACGCGGCGCAACAUCGUCUAAUGGCUCGCUGGGUAGAUCGCCGGCGACCUCGCCGGUAGAAGACCUUGAUGAUCCCUACUCGCAAGCUUCGCUGCCGAAGCGGAACACUGCCGGGCUCGAUGUCGAUGCCGCGCGGAUUGUGCACAUGGCUCUUAACCUUUCCGAAUCUCGCAGGCUCGCGGCGCGCCGCACCGUCUCUCGCGGCACGCCCCCGAGACUCGCGCCUGUGCCGGAUGGCAGCUCUGGUAGUGCUUUGCGGCAGCAUCUCCAGCAACAGCGCAGGACCUCCAGAAAUAUAAGUCCCAAACCGGGCCAAGCUCUUUCGCCGAGAGUAUCGUCCGCCGCGGCGCUGGGAACUCCUUUACAAGCAUCCUUUGAUGCCGGCCACGACAUCCAGUACCGAUAUCACUUCUCCCCGUCCACUUUGGCACGGGCACAGAAGGCAAAAGAGCACCUGGAGCUUAUGGCGCAGUACAGGCGACUUUUGGAAACGCUCCCACCCCUCAAACCUGGUUUCGAACGGCAGGUGACGGCCGUAAGCCCACCAGGUACGGCAAUCGCAGGCCGAGGCAUCAAAUUUGGAUCACGCGAACCGCCACCGCCAGUCCUGGGUCGUCAAUAUAACCCCUUGCAGUAUAUCCGCAAUCGCAAGAUACGGGCCCGGGAGCGCAAGGUCAUCGAUGGUGAGAGGCAAGGCUUUGGAGAUGUCGAAGGGGUCCGGCUGUGGGUGGACAAGGUAUACUCAAGAUCAUCAUCCGUCGACUCGACCGCUGAGGGGGAUGUGUUCUCUAUGCCCCUAUACCCUGGUGCCGACGACGCAGAGCCUCAAACGUCGCCAGAUAGCAGCUCGAAGGCGGUGACCCGUGUUCGACGCCCACGGGUUGACUGGUUCAUCGAGCCAUGCGAUAUGAUUGCUGACGCGUACUGGCUGGAGCGAAACGACCAUAAGCACCUUAUUGAGGACCGCCAGUGGCGCAAGAUCUUCCCUCCGCCAGCUGAGCUAUCCCGACCGGCGACCCGGGAAGCGGAGGACAGGAGGCUCCCAGCUGUUGGCCUUGAUCCAGCCAACGCCCAAGAGCUGUGGGGCGUGAACAUCACAAAGGUGGACACGGGCAUGUCGCAAGGCAGCACCAAAGACCGGGCCAAGCACAGGUUCCAGAACAUGCGAGCAUUCCCGCACCGGCACACCGGCUCCAUCCCAGUCCAUCACCACGACUUCUUGCGGCUCACGAGGGAUUCUGGCUCGGACUUGUCAGAGAGCGAGAAUGAAGGACAUGACGACAUCCGGAGAAAACCCAGGGUUGGCCGGCGUGGAACCAUCUCAAGCGACGCCAAUGACCUGCUGGAGAAACAGAUGCUAGAAAUGAUCGCCAAGGAGGCACGUGAACAGGGCGUGGCCGAAUCCUCCGUCGCGGCAGAAACUUCUGGCUUACCUAUGGCUACGAUUCCCGAAAGGAAUACCCUGUCGCCGAUACCUAGUCGCUUGCAUAGUAGGAAGGGCUCUUUAGCGGAUGGCAGCGAUUCCGAUGCUAAAGGCACCUUGAACAUAUCGCGCCUGGCGUCGGCACCCCAGCAUCAGCAAGUCCGUCACGAUGAUGCACCAUCGAGGAAGACACUCCAGAAGGUCUCAUCGGUGCCUACGUCUCCAGAGCUCCGCCCAUCCAAGGAUGGAGGGGAACCUGGCCUCAUCAGCACUCAGCUUUCCCCGCCAUGGAGCCGUGCUGGAUCGCCGACCAGAAAUCCCAUCAGCAAAAUCAGGAAAAUCAUGCGAGACAAGAAUGGGGAUCUCGCAAACUCGCCCAUGGUGUCCGAGCAAGAUCAAGAUGGAGAUUAUCGCCUGCUGACUGCCGAGGCCGCCAUGACGUCGGACAAGGUGGUCGUGCCGGAUAGGCGUCGGUCCAGCCCGACCAAAAAGUCUGCGUCUGAGCGACCGUCUGAGCCGUGGCGAACGCAUCGAAGCUCGGGAAGCCUUCAGCUGCGACCGGAUGACCAAGGCCGCCGUGGGAUGUUCAAGGGUCCUCGGAUUGAUACUGUCAUUCGAGGAGGCGUCUCGAAGCUGGGAGAUAUGCUCUGGAAGAAGGAGGGGUCGGGAGAAUCUCAGCCGGAACUGGAAUCUACUGAUGAGUCGGGAAGCGAGCGGGCAAGAGGGCGACAGAGGAGCUCACUGUCGCUGUCUGGAAAGGAAAACAGUACGACCCCCGAUGAAAACCGUCAGCUGCCGAAGCAUUUCCUAGACUCGAUGCCCGAGUUCAAUCACGCCCCUGGCCACUCGCGUAGCACCGGAGAUGCGACGCCAUCGGGGUCCGCAAACCACAGUCGCAAGUCAUCGCGUUUCGACCUUUUGAAACCUCCGUGGAUCGACCCUCGAAGCGCAUCCUCGUCCAUCUCUCCACCUAGCAUUAGGAGAGGCCGCGUCGGCGACUCAGACGCGUCUGAGUCCGACUCAAGGCACGAGAGUAUUUCAGACCAGGUUCGAGAUGCGGACAAGCGACCGAAUGAUUCCCUUGCACCGCCGUUACACGAUGGCGGCGGCCGGCGGCAGAGUCGACAUUGGUCGAUCGCGGACAAAGAGCGCUCUACUGAGCAAGCCCAGCUGUCGAGGCGUGAGAUUGCACGCAUGAAAGCCCUCAUCUUGAGCUCCGGCAUCAAGGCCAUGGAGAUCAGCAGGCGGGCGAACGAGUUUCACAAACCAUUUGGCCAUCAGAGCCUGGCUGCCAAAGGCGCGCCUGUGGGAACGACAUGCACUGGGUUCGGGUGGGCUGACAUUGCCCAGCUCAGUGACGACAAGCAGCUGUCGACACGGACGGUCACGUUCUGCGAGCUCUACCCGCUAGCAGCCCAAUGCCUUGGAGGCGCCAUCCAGGCGUCGGGCCAGCGGUGGCAGGUGUCCGCCGACCGCUUCGCGCAUAGAACGAGCCCUGAUCUGCAGCAGCGCAUCGGCGAAAUGCGCUCCCGCCUGGUCGAUGACCUCUCAGAGCUGGCUCGCGCAGCGGCCGAUCAGGCCGACGAGACGGGUCGAGAUCUGGCGCUCGGGCAGCCACUCAAGGUGAAGCACGUGGUCGACGUCAUCGAGAAGAUGAUGCGCAGGAGACGCCGCCGGCUGCGCUGGCUGCGGCGCGCCCUGUGGCUGACGGUCGAGUGGCUGCUCGUCGGGUUCAUGUGGUACGUCUGGUUCGUCGUCAUGAUCCUGCGCGUCUUUCUCGGCGUGGGCAAGGGGGUGUGGAGGGGCGUAAGGUGGCUGUUGUGGCUGUAGUCGCUGUCCGUUGGGCGACAUGACAUGCAUAUAUAUACGGUGGUUUCGAGACCGCGGUGGCAGCUGUAUAGCGGUUGUUUGUUUUUGGAUGCCUACAUAACUACAUCGCGCUUGGAUCGUUGCUCGUUGAUACCCAACUUUUUUAGUCUUUACCGGAGAUUGCUCUUUUCUUUUAAUCUAAUCAUCACGUCGCCUUUUUCCUGGCCUUUUCCUUGGUUGUUGAGAUACGCUGCAUUGGAGACCCCUUGCCAAUCGAUAGGUAAUGGACAGUAGUGUAGGACGGCGUGUCCAUCUCCCUCG